AUGGCGUCUCAUGUCGUUUCUAGUGGAGGAAAGCCACAUGUAGUUUGCGUGCCUUUUCCUGCACAAGGCCACAUCAAUCCAAUGCUGAAAUUGGCUAAACUCCUCCACGCUAAAGGCUUUCAUGUUACUUUCGUCAACACUGUCUACAACCACAACCGGCUACUCCGAUCCCAUGGGUCCAAUACCCUCAAUGGGCUUCUUUCUUUUCGGUUCGAGACCAUCUCUGACGGUCUACCAGAGACUGGCAAGGACGUCACUCAGGGCAUCCCUGCCCUCUGCGAAUCCUCCAUGAAGAACUGUCUCGCUCCGUUCAAGGAGCUCCUCCAGCGGAUCAACGCUGAACAUGAUGUUCCUCGGGUGAGUUGUAUUGUAGCAGACGGUAUUAUGAGCUUUACUGUUGACGCUGCGGAGGAGCUUGGUAUUCCGGAGGUUCUUUUCUGGACAACUAGUGCUUGUGGCUUCAUGGCUUAUCUACACUUCUAUCGCUUUAUUGAGAAGGGGAUAAUUCCACUAAAAGAUGAUUGUUUGACCAAGGAGUAUUUAGAGACAAAAAUAGACUGGGUACCAUCGAUGAGUAAUCUAAGACUAAAAGACUUUCCUCCUGGUCUCCGUACGACUAAUCCUGACGACAUUGUGAUCAACUUCCUUAUCCGUGAAACUGACCGAGCUAAACGUGCUUCUGCUAUCAUUCUCAACACAUUUGAUGAUCUCGAACAUGACGUCAUCAAUUCCAUGCAAUCUAUUUUACCUCCGGUCUACUCUAUUGGACCGCUCCAUCUACUCGUAGACAAAGAGAUUGGUGAGGAAAGUGAGAUAGGACAGAUUGGAUCGAGUUUGUGGAGAGAGGAGACGGAGUGUUUGGACUGGCUCAACACCAAACCUAGGAGCAGCGUAGUUUAUGUUAAUUUUGGGAGUAUAACUGUGAUGAGCGCGGAACAGAUUGUGGAGUUCGCUUGGGGUUUGGAGGCAACGGGGAAACAUUUUUUGUGGGUCAUUCGGCCGGAUUUAGUAGCAGGGGAUGUAGCAAUGGUUCCACCUGAGUUCUUAACAAAGACAGCUGACAGGAGGAUGCUGGUUAGUUGGUGUCCUCAAGAGAAAGUCCUGUCUCAUCCUGCGGUCGGAGGGUUUCUAACACACUGUGGAUGGAAUUCGACAAUGGAAAGUAUCUGUGCCGGAGUUCCUAUGUUGUGUUGGCCAUUUUUUGCAGAGCAGCAGUUGAAUUGUAAGUUUUGUUGCGACGAAUGGGAGAUUGGAGUUGUUAUCAGCGGAGAAGUCAAGAGAAAGGAGGUUGAGGCGGUGGUUAGAGAGUUAAUGGAUGGAGAUAAAGGAAAGAAAAUGAGAGACAAGGUGGAAGAGUGGCGGCACUUGGCGGAGGAAGCAACGGAGGGUAAACAUGGUUCGUCUAAAUUGAACUUUGAAUUGGUUGUUAAUAAGCUUCUUUUAAAGAAGUAGGAGACUGUUUUAGGAGAGUAAUGAAUUUUAAACUCCUAAACUUUUGUUACCUUAUGCAAAAAAAAAUAUGCUUCGUUCAUUUGGUUCCACCGUAUAUUUGUCUUUCCAGUCAUUCUUUUUAAACGUAAGUUUUAAAUUUUAAAGAGCAAUUUGGAAGAC